UAUAUAUUAUUAUUAUGAUCUUGUUCGAAAUCUUUUUCUUUCGUAUAACACAUGUUGACAGUUGACAAUCUCAUUACUUAAUCGAAGCAAAGAUAAUUUAUAAACUUACGCCAAUCACAUGUAACAGAACGCAUGUUUAAAGUGGGGAUGGAAAGGAUCUCUAAAAACUCGAUCCGUAUAAUUAAGAAGCUGAUAUUCUAGAAGUUAACAGAAGAGAGAAAACAUGACUGAAUUCACACGUGGAAAGUUAAUUAUAGAAGGAAAGACUAAGCAAGUCUAUGAACUUAUAAACGAUCCUACGCUAUGUCUUUUACAAAGUAAAGAUCGUAUUACUGCCGGAGAUGGUGAAAAAUCACACGAUUUAAAGGGCAAAGCUGCAAUUAGUACAGCUACGACAGCCAAGGUUUUCGAAUUAUUGAAUGCAGCUGGAAUAAAAACCGCUUUUGUGAAAGUAGUGAAUGAAACUGCUUUCAUCGCAGAAAAAUGCCAAAUGCUUCCAAUAGAAUGGGUUACCAGAAGAUUGGCAACUGGUAGUUUUUUGAAAAGGCACAAAGGAGUUCCUGAAGGAUAUAGAUUUAAUCCACCGUUACAGGAAACAUUCUUCAAAGAUGAUAGUAAUCAUGAUCCUCAGUGGUCAGAAGAACAAAUUAUUUCUGCUGGUUUUAAGUUAAAUGAGCUUGUAAUCGGAAAAGAUGAAUAUGACAUUAUGCAACGUACAGCACUCGCUGUAUUUGAAGUUCUAGAGAGGGCAUGGGCAACUAGACAUUGUGCUCUUAUAGAUAUGAAAAUAGAAUUUGGUAUAAAUGUAGAUGGUGAAAUUAUGGUAGCAGAUAUAAUUGACAGUGAUUCUUGGAGACUUUGGCCAUCCGGUGAUAAAAGAUUGAUGAAAGACAAACAAGUAUAUAGGAAUUUAACUACCGUAACCGAAGAAGAUUUGAAUACUGUGAAGCACAAUUUUGAAUGGGUAGCAAAACAACUUGACUAUCUUACACCAUCGCCUAGUAGCCUUGUCGUUAUCUUAAUGGGAUCAUCUUCUGACAAAGAACAUUGUGCCCAAAUAGCAAAAUACGCGAAGCUUUUGCAUUUACAGGUUGAGCUUCGUGUAUGCAGUGCUCACAAAAGUACCCAAGAAGUAUUACGCAUUCUUGCGGAAUAUGAAGGUAGUUUCAAAAAGGUGGUGUUAAUAGCUGUUGCAGGGAGAAGUAACGGAUUGGGUCCAGUAUUGUCUGGAAACACGUCUUUGCCUGUUAUUAAUUGUCCGCCUCUCAAGUCAGAAAAUAUUUCACGAGAUUUAUGGUCGUCAGUUAAUGUUCCUUCAGGAAUUGGAUGUACCACAGUCAUUUAUCCUGAAAGCGCAGCACUUGCAGCAGCUCAAAUUCACGCGUUGCACGAUCAUCUCGUUUGGGCACGUUUGCGAGUACAGCAAUUAACGAAUUUCAUCGCUUUAAAAAAAUCCGAUGCCGAAUUAAGGAAUCUUGUUAUAUAAAAAUGUCGAGUAUAUAUUUAAUAUUCAUAUGAUUUUAUAAGUUAGAUCUACGAUGUAAACAGAAACUAUUUUGUAUACGAUAACGGUUGCUGAUGCAAGUUAAGAAACAACAUAUGACGAAUUUAUAAUAGUAAACAACGAUAUUAUUUGCAAUUUUCAUAUUUCUCGUUUUUCACUAAUAUCGUUUGUAUUGAAUAUAGACGUGUGAAUUGAUCACAUUUGCAUCGUGAUUUUUACUCGAGUAAAAAACGAACUAAUGAAUUUAA